AAAAAAUUGGUCACCCAAUUCCAACGUCUCCCUUCUCUCUUCUGAUUCUUCUCUCCCGUUUUUUUCUUUUUGAAUUUCGACCUAGCAUACCAGAAGCAGCUGGGCUUCACUUCCACCGCCCACAGUCAUCGGAAACUUAGCACAGCUGCACAACGCCGCUGCUGCACUGACAGAGGCUUGACGGCCUGAGUUCGACGUUGCUCACGCUCACCACCGGCUGACCGACAUCAUCUGCCGCCGCACACGACCCACCAUCGUCUCCGGAAAGUUUGUAACUUUAUUCCCCUGAUUUUGUGUUCAAUUUUUAGAAAUGGGUUUGAUAUUUUGAAAUCUAUAAUCCUUAUAACUUGCGAAAGCUGAUCAAAGGGCUUAUAGUUAUAUGAAUGAACAGGGCCAUUGUCAAUACAAUCUCAAAUCCACAAUAUCUUCGUCUGCUUCAAAAAUGUUCAACCAUGGAUCAACUCAAACAAAUCCACGCUCAAACAAUCACCAUCGGACUUGCUCGAUUUACUUACAUAACCAGCAAGCUCUUAGCUUUCUCCGCAAUGUCCAACAUCGAUUAUGCUCACACAAUUUUGAACCAAACAAACACGCCUACCAUCUUCGAUUACAACUCUAUGAUAUUGGGUUACUCUAAAACCUCAAAACAAGAAAUGGGUAUUCUACUUUACAAUCAAAUGUGCAACAAUCGCAUCGAACCGAAUGCUCGUACUUUUCCUGUUUUGAUCAAAACAUGUGAUUGUAUAUCUUCGUUGCUUCAAGUGCAUGGACAUGUCGUCAAACUUGGAAAUGUUUGUGAUGUUUAUGUGACUAGCUCGCUUAUUUAUAUGUAUUCGAAUUUCAAAUCUGUUGAAUUAGCUAUACAGGUGUUCGAAGAAAGCUUGUAUAAGAACGUGGUUUGUUGUACGAGUUUGAUAACCGGGUGUUUCAAUAAUGGUCUUGUUGAUGAGGCAUGUAAGGUGUUCGACGAAAUGCCUGAAAGAAACGAUGUCUCAUAUAGUGCAAUGAUUUCUGGGCUUGUGAGAAACGAACUUUUCAACAAAGCAUUCGAAUUGUUCCUCCAUUUGAAACAGAGUGGCUUAGUGAAGCCUAAUAGGCCUCUUUUACUAACCAUCCUCACUACAUGUGGUAAAAUCGGAGCCCUAGAAAUAGGUAAAAACAUCCACCAUCAAUUACUUGAAGAAUCUUUUACUUUUGACCUUGAGAUUGAUACUGCACUUCUAGAUUUCUAUGCUAAAUGUGGAGAUAUAGAGAAAGCUGAACAUAUAUUCAUCAAAAUGCCUUACAAAGAUGUUGCUACAUGGAGUUCCAUGAUCAUGGGGUUAGCCACAAAUGGGAGAAAUGAAUCAGCAAUUAAGCUUUUUGAAGAGAUGACACAGAAAGGGCCUCUUCCUAAUGACAUUACAUUCAUUUCUGUUCUUGUUGCUUGUAAUCACAAAUCUUUAGUGACAAAAGCAUGGUGUUUACUUGGAAAAAUGUUCAAAGUUUUUGGCAUUCAACCAGGAAUUGAGCAUUAUGGAUGCAUGGUUGAUGUAUUGGCUAGAUCUGGACAACUGAAAGGAGCUGAAAUACUUAUAAAUUUGAUGCCAAUGGAGCCUGAUGAAGCUAUUUGGGGAUCUUUUCUACAUGGGUGUUUAACACAUAGUGAAAUUUGUUUAGCAGAAAGAGCUGGAAAACGGUUGAUUGAACUUGAUCCUAAUCAUAGUGGAAGAUACGUUGGUCUUGCUAAUAUGUAUGCAGAUGUUGGAAGGUGGGAAAAUGUGAUUAGAUUGAGGAAUAUGAUGGUGGAGAGAAAAGUCGAUAAUACCCCUAGUUGGAGUUUUAUCGAGGUCGAUGGUGGUGUUCACAAGUUUUUUGUUCAUGAUCAAUUUCACCCUCGAGCAAAUGACCUCCGUGAAAUCCUACAAGUACUUAAUAAGUUAUCAAUGAAUCAGUAAUGAGUAAUGGGCCACUGUGUAUCUGAUUGACAUUGACAUGAUUUUGAACUGUGUGUUGGUGUAGGAACCUAGAUUCACAUAAUAUGAAAUGACAAUGUAGAAAUUAAGGAAUAUAGAUGAAUCGAUCCCAGAUAAACAAGAUAAAC